AUGGACCAUUCUGAAUCUGAUUUGUAUACUAUCAAGACUCAGUUCUACACCUAUCAACACCAAAAGGUGAUUGACUAUGACUUGGAACAAUUUGCUCCCGAAUCUCAAUUGAGCGUUCUGAUCUUCCAAAUAAGAUCCACCAUCACACUUGGUAAGGAUGCCUCCAAAUUGAUCGAAAACGGUAGAGCCAAAUUUUCGUCGGAGGAUGCAGGUGAUGCCGCUAGUGCCUUGUUGGCAUUUGAGUGCCUUCAGGCUUGGAAUGACUUAAAGACGUUUGGUACUGACGACUCAACCUACUUCGAUGAUAUCAUAACAUCGUCUACUCCUGCACUCAGUGAGUUGCAAGCCAUCUACACUGCAGUUUACUUGGUUAAGGUAAAUAAGGAUAUUGACCAGGCUAUCCAGUUCUUGUCUUCCUACAUUGACGCGAAGGCCUCUAACCUGGAAUUAGAACCUUUGUUAGUUUUGGUUCAAUUGUACUUGAUUAAGGGCAACUUCUCCCCAGCUCUCAAGAUCUUCAAGGACUUCAAGCAAUUCCCAGACUCGGCCAGAGACUCCAUUAUAUACCAAGUUUUGGAAUCCUGGGUUUUGUCCAUCAAGGGAGAAUCUGAUAACAUAAACAACGCAUACUACUUCUACGACGAAUUGUUAUCUUCCGACUUUGAUGACGAUGCUGAGGGUAAGUUUAGAUUGUUGAACUCGUUAUUUGUCUUGACCUUACAGUUAAAGCACUACCCAGAGGCUCAAGAGCUUUUAAUCCAAAUCAAGUCGUCCAAUCACACUAGCACUUCGGCCGACUUUGUAGCCAACCAAAUUACAUUUGAUUACUUGACAAACUCUGGUGCUAAAGUGGAAGAUUUCUUACAGGAGUUGACCACAUUAGACGAAGAACACAAGCUUUUGAUCGACUUGGCGGAAAAGAAUAAGCUUUUCGAUGAAAUUGUGGAAAAGUAUAAGGUUACUGGGUAA